AUGUCGAAAACGUCUAAAUUGUGUUUGGCCAAAUGGAGAUUAUGGAUAACAUCGCUUCUCUUCUGCAUUACCGCUGCUGAUGUUCGGUAUUCUGUGCCGGAGGAAACAAAGACAAAAUAUGUUAUUGGAAGUCUCAGUAAGGACCUUAAUUUGGAUUCUAAUCGCUUGAGGUUUCGCAAAGCCCGUUUGGAUUACCAAGGGGAUAAAAGAUACUGUGAAGUAGACCUAGAUUCUGGAAAUCUUUUUGUUUCGGAAAGGAUCGACCGAGAGAUGCUGUGCGGAACGACCUCCCCCUGCCUCCUGCACUUUGAAUUUGUUCUCGAAAAUCCUUUAGAGCUUCAUAACGUUGUUUUGGAGGUCCAGGACAUUAAUGACAACUCUCCUGUUUUCCCCAAAGAUUCAAUUAAGCUGGAGAUAAGCGAAGCAGCACCGACUGGAAGUAAAUUACAAAUAGCUCGGGCACGGGACUUGGAUGUGGGAAUGAAUUCAGUCCAGACAUAUAUUCUUAGUCAAAACAAACAUUUUGUUGUUGAUACAAAAUCAAACAAAGACAGGUAUGUGGACAUUGUUUUGAAAAACAGCCUGGAUAGAGAGACAAAAGCAGAGCAUUCCUUGAUAUUGUCUGCGGUGGAUGGGGGAAAUCCUCCUAAAUCUGGAACUGUUGUUAUUGAAGUGUUUGUGAUAGACGUGAAUGAUAAUGCACCAGUAUUUUCGCAGCCUUUGUACGAUACUCGUUUAUCUGAAAAUGCAGCACUUGGAACUUCUGUCAUGAAAAUCACUGCGACCGAUGUGGAUGAGGGUGCAAAUGGACAAAUAACGUAUUAUAUCAAUCACCUAUCUGACAACACAAAAGAACUGUUUAAAAUUGACGAACAUUCUGGAGAAAUAUCUGUAAUUGGACAUCUGGACCACGAGAAGUCCUCCUCGUAUGAGAUGGAAGUGCAGGCGGAGGACGGUGGAGGUCAGACAGGCCACUGUAAAGUUGUUAUUGAAAUAGAUGACGUCAAUGAUAACGCGCCUGUUAUAUCUGUAAAGUCUCUGAAAAACCAAAUCCCAGAAAACAUCCCACCCGGUUCAGAGAUCGCUGUAAUAAACGUGAAGGACCAAGACUCCGGUGAAAACAGCCGGGUUAGUUGUUCCAUUCCGACAAGUCUGCCAUUUCAACUACAGCCAUACAUCAAGUCUUAUUUUAUCAUCACUACAACUCGUUCGCUUGAUCGGGAACAAAUCGAAAAUUAUAACGUAACAAUAACAGCAACGGAUGGAGGAACGCCCACAUUACAUUCCAAUAUAACUCUAAACAUACAAGUUUCAGACAUCAACGACAACUCUCCUACGUUUGAGUUACAGACAUAUGCUGUUUAUGUAAGUGAAAAUAACAAACCAGGCACUUCUGUUUGUUCUGUCAGUGCAAAUGACCCAGACUGGAGACAGAACGGGACAGUACUGUACUCUCUGGUACCCAGUGAAGUCAAUGGGGUCCCAGUGUCCUCAUUUCUAUCUAUUAAUGGAGAUACAGGGGUGAUUCAUGCUGUAAGAUCAUUUGACUAUGAGCAGUUCAGAAACUUCACUGUCAAAGUUGUUGCCAGAGACAACGGAUCUCCACCACUCAGCAGUAACGUGACUGUGAAAGUCUUCAUAACAGAUGAGAAUGAUAACUCUCCACAGAUAUUAUACCCUGUUCCUGAUGGAAAGUCUUUAAUGACUGAAAUGGUCCCUAAAGCUACUCUCUCAGGCUCUCUAGUCUCCAAGGUGAUCGCUGUAGAUGCUGACUCUGGUCAGAAUGCAUGGCUGUCCUAUCAGAUUGUCAAAUCUACUGAUCCGGGACUUUUCUCCAUUGGAUAA